ACAAAGGGAGUACCACGACACCGUUGCAACAUCCGUGAAAAUAGAAGGCGUAUCUUCCACAUUUCGCCAGAUCAAAAGGCUUUAACUAGAACGUUGCGAAGCACUAAUACCAUGGCACAUUCGCAGAUAAAAGGAGCAUAUAAAAAAACGGAAAUAAGAAAGCGGGCACUCAAUAACGACCGCUGCCUACCGUAGCGAGCGAGCAGCGCGGAGGCCACGCUACAGCGCCAAAUUCCACACCAAACAAAGGCGCGGCGACGAACCAGCGAACGAGCAGCCAACACCCGCACCACCUCCCCUCACCUCACCUCACCGCACUCCUCCUUGGCUCCAAUGUCUGAUCCACUCGCUAAUCACCUCCACCGCACCAGCAAAUAAGUACGCCCACCCCCGCGACGGAAAGCUAAUCUCUCCUCCCCCUUUCUUCUUCAUACUCCCACCAUCUCCACCACCACCACCACCAUCUUCUCCUUUCUCCCACCCACCUUUAAGCCGCCCCAUCCCCCGCUGCGCUGAGUCACUUCCUCACGCCACCCGCCGAUUGAUUGCUCGAUCGAGGUGCGGUGCGCGGCCAUGAUCUCUAUAGGCGGGUCCUCGUCCUCCUCCUCCUCCGCCGCCGCCGCGGCGGGGGUCCGGAUGGGCGGGGCCAAGCGGCGGGGGAAACCGGGCGGGGCCGCCGCGCCGGGGGCCGCGGGGCCGCCGCAGACCAGGUGGCGCAGCGGCACGCAGGAGCGGAUCUACGGCCGGCGCCUGCUGGACGCGCUGCGGGCCACGCGGUCGGGCGCCGCCUCGUCCCCGCAGCCGCGCGCCGUCAAGGCGGCCGCCGACUCGGCGCUGGCGCUCACGGCGCGCGGGCAGUCGCGCUGGAGCCGCGCCAUCCUGCUGGCCGGCGCCGCGUCCUGCCGCCGCCGCGUGCUCGUCAAGGCCGGCGGGAAGAUCCGCCGCCACCGCCGCCCGCAGGCGCGCGCCGCCGCCGCGGCGUCCAAGGCCGCGGCCGCCGCGUCCGCCGGCGAGCCGCCGUUGCUCAAGGAGCGGAAGGUGAAGGACCGGCUCCGCGUGCUGGGCCGGCUCGUCCCCGGGUGCCGGAAGCUGCAGGCCCCCGACCUGCUCGAGGAGACGGCCGACUACGUGGCCGCGCUGGAGAUGCAGGUCAAGGCCAUGCGCGCGCUCGCCGACGCGCUCGCCGCGGCCCAGCUGUCGUCGCCUCCCCCGCCGGCUGCCGGCGGCGACGACGAGGCCGAGAUGGAGAGGUGAGGGUCCGAGCCUCGCCUCCGAGGGGGAGAUUGAUGAUGACAUGAUGGCGUUGGGCUCGGGAAAAUAAGGGCGAUUAAUUACUGGAUGGAUGGAUGGAUUGUUACCGCGAGAGGGGGUCCUGGGAUUCCAGGAGGGUAUUGUGAUUCCGACGAUGAUGAUUGCUGCUGCUGGUGCUGCCGCUGAUUUGUAAAUUCUUGAUGCUACUACUUGUAUAAGUAAUGCUGCUCUGCUCCUCUCUUGUGUUCUUGAAAUGUUCUUCCCCUUCUUAAACAAGAAGGGGGAUUCCUGUGCCUGCCUGUCCCCUGCGGAUUGGAUUGGAUUAUGCUUUUGUUUGGCUGUGCCACGGUGAAUUAGGAGUUUUGUUUCUUGAAA